UCGGCAGAAUCUAUCAUUGCUUGGCUGUGCAACAGGAACUGCGGUUUAUCUGAUGGCACAAUGCUUGGCACAUAUCAAUGGACCCUUGGCAGUCAUUCAGGAUUGUCUGGGCAGCGCAGCCCAGGCAAGGAGUAUGGUAUCAUUAUGAUUGUGCAAGAGGCUAUGAACAUGAGGUGUAGACUUGGCGUAGAGUAUAAUGGCAAAAGCAAUGAAUCUUGCAACCCCCCCAAAAAAGAAAACAUCGGGCCCCGCACUUCGUUUCCCCCGAAUGGUCGCUCGGUCCAAUAACGUCAGAUAUCCAUGACAAGAACUAGUAGUGAUCUUCCUUCGGUCUGCGGGGUGAGACUUUAGGCCCCGUUAGACGAUGAGGUGCGAGGCAAGGAAAUCGUGUCCAGCGCGAUUCGUCGAAUUGAAAUUGCUUCUAUUGCCAGAAGCUUAGUUGCUAGGCGAAGCGGCGUCGCGGGUGUCGACGCCCAGGUAGAGGAAGCCGCUAGGGAGACGACUGAAUCCAGGGCGCUGCGCAGUUUCGCUGGUCGUGGAAGACUGGCUGCUGGAGCGCUCACGAACCUGCGUCGAGGUAGAGAGAGGAGCCGACUCGGUAGGGGCCAGGACAAGGAACUUGGAGGUGGGGGUGUAGGUGAACAUGGUGAUUGAUGGAUGAGUUGACAAGGAGUCUCUUGAAAGCAGGUAAAUUGGCAAAGUCUUAAAGUGACUUGGAAUCAAGUAGAGAGAACUUUUCUUGCAGAGUUGCUUGGAGGAAAGAGGAUGGAUGAGAAUUUCAUCGGCUGGAAUCGGCCACCCUUAUAUAGCUAUGGCAGAGCUCAGCCAAGCCAUUA